AGUGAGGGUGGGGGGGGCACGGGAGGAAGAGCAGGCCCCCAGAGUGGGGGUGAGUCAGCCAGCGGGUCCCCGACUCCAGCCCCACCAUCCCCAUUCCACGUCUUUAAAAGGGAAGACCCUGAUUCUUUCUCAGAAGCAACCAGGCUCCAGGGUGGGCCGGACACCCAGCUGACAGCACCCCUGCUCCUCAGGGUUCCUGGAAACUGAACAGCUGCCAUGCACAUCCCAGACAGCCUCCAGGACUUGGCUGACAACGAGGUCGUGCAGUUUCUGAAGAAACGCAAGACAGUCGGGCGGAUCUUCUCAGGGGUCUUCUCCCUCGUCAUCUUCUCCACCCUGCUGACCGACGGCUUCCAGAACCAGACAGAUUCGGCGCAGCUGCACUGCGUGCUGGGCGGCGGCCUGGCGACGUGUCGUUUCGCGGUGGGCGCUGGCGUGCUGGCCUUCCUGUGCUGCCUGCUCUUCCUGCUGCUGGACGCGCGCUGGGGCCGCGCCGCCCGCCUCAAGCCGGGCCUGCAGCUGCUGGACCUUGGGGUGGCCGUGCUCUGGACAGCCGUCUGGUUUGGGGGCUUCUGUUUCCUGGUGAGCCAGUGGCAGCAUUCACCCAAACAGUUCACCCUGGGGAGCAGCUCCGCCAAGGCCGCCAUCGCCUUCACCUUCUUCUCCGUCUUCUCCUGGAUGUUCCAGGCCUACCUGGCCUUCCAGGACCUCCGCAGCAAGGACCCGGUCCCCUACAAGCGCUCCCUGGACGAGGGGGGCGUGAUACUGACCAGCCUGUCACCACCUUCAGCCGCCAGCCCCAUCCACACACCCACCCCUGGUCCCACCAGCCUGACCUACUCCACCUCCUCUCUAUCCCCCCAUUUGACCAACCCCAAGGGCCCCCGCCUGGUCAUGAUGCCUGACGACAACUGAGCAACCGCCUCCAGGCCAGUAAACAUGUCUCCCCCUG